CCACAACCCCCCGCGCGCCCGCCGCGUCCCCUCAGCGACCCCCGGCCCGGCCCGGCCCGAUCCCCGCGGCGAUCCCAAACCCCCGCCCGGUCCCGGUCCCGGCACGGCCCCCGGGGGCGGCCGGACCCCCCUCCCCGCCCUGCGGAGCGGGGAGCGGCGCCGGGCAUGCGGGCGGUGGCAGCGGGCCGGGAGGUGGGAUGCUGUCGCGGAAGAAGACGCGGACGGAGCUCUCCAAGCCGGGCGAGGUGCAGGGGAAGUACGUGAAGAAGGAGACGAGCCCGCUGCUGCGGAAUCUGAUGCCUUCAUUUAUCCGGCACGGUCCGACCAUUCCAAGACGAACUGAUAUCUGCCCUCCCGACACUGCAUCCUCUGCCUACACCCCCGGGGCAGAUGGAAUCGUUUCCAGGAACCAGAGCUUCCUCCGAACUCCGGUGCAGAGGCCGCCUCACGAAAUAAUGAGGCGAGAAAGCAACAGACUGUCCGCACCCUCCUACCUUGCCCGGAGUUUGGCCGAGGUGCCGCGGGAAUACGGCUCCUCCUCGCAGUCCUUUCUUUCGGAAGGCGGUCCCGGGCUGGAGAACGGCGACACCGGAGCCCGCGGUUAUUACUACGAUCAUUUCUACGACGCCCAGAGGAGACGUCAGCUCAACGACCGCCUGCACGAGGACUACAACAGGUAUUAUGAACACAACAGUGAUCUUUUCCAGAGGAUGUCCCAGAAUCAUGGGAGGCACACUUCAGGCAUUGGGAGAGUUGCUGCUACAUCUUUAGGAAACUUAACAAAUCAUAGUUCUGAAGAUUUACCUCUUCCUCCUGGCUGGUCAGUGGACUGGACUAUCCGAGGAAGGAAAUACUACAUAGACCACAACACGAACACAACCCACUGGAGCCACCCUCUGGAGCGGGAGGGGCUCCCUCCGGGCUGGGAGCGCGUCGARUCCGCCGAGUUCGGGGUCUACUACGUGGAUCACAUCAACAAAAGGGCUCAGUACAAACAUCCCUGUGCUCCCAGUGUUCCCCGUUACGAUCAGCCACCCCCUGUGUCCUACCAGCCACAGCCUGCGGAGAGGAGCCAACCCCUGCUGGUCCCUGCCAACCCCUACCACAGCGCUGAGAUUCCUGACUGGCUGCAGGUCUAUGCCAGGGCUCCUGUCAAGUGAGAUUCUGCCUUUUUUUCUUCUGCAUUUCACACUGAAAAUGAAAAAAAAUU